AUGGCGUUGGAACUGAGUAGUUGCACUAUAUUUCUCACGCAGACAGGCGGGAAACGGCAUGACGCGAGUCAGGGCACCAACGAAAUCGUUCAGCUAGACGACGGGAGUUUGGCAUUACAGCAAUCACCUCGCAAUGGCACUGGGCAAAGCCUUGGACUCCUCCAUAUCGACUCUUCUAGCUUGGCGUUUGAAGCCGUGGCUGAGCACAUCAAAGUAGCGGGUCCGUACUCAACAGAGCUUAAGAGCCAGACCAAGUUCUUCAACUGCAUAUGGCUAGAUCCGCGCAAAUCUGAUGGACCGUUGGUGGUCGUCCUUUUACGGCCUGGAGACACGAUCUUUUUCAGUAGAUUGAAGACUGAAUUCACCGUCGCUGUUGAGGCUAGUAAAGUCCAAGUCGAUUCUUCAUUGCCCCCCGAAACCGCAGCUGGUUUAGGAACGGACAACACUGAACACCAUGCUCCGGUUGCCGUCAUGUUAUCGACGGCGCAGCAGGGUGCUGCAUAUCAGAAUGACCAAAUCACGGCAUCGAAGUCCAUGCAGCAAACGAGCAAGAACCCAUCGCGGUCUACUCCUCUGCCCUCAGCUGUAGAGUCGCAGGUCGUUCAAGAGACCCCGGCACUUGAGUCUAGACACACAGAACGUUUGCAAACAGUGUCUACAAGCAACGACUCACUGUUUGUCGGGGACGAGGAAUCUGGAACCGAGGACACAGAACACGAGAACGCACGUGAAGAGUGCGGAGUCACCCGCUCCUCCUUGGACCGCGAUCGUGGUUUGCCGCGCGGUACCGUUGACAGUCGCCUCAGGGAAGCCUCAAAGUCAGGUCCGAAAGGGGUAGGCGUCAGUGAUAGACGUAUCACAGGUCAGACAGUCGGCAGUAACGAGGUUGAGGAACGCAGCCCCACACCAAGAACAGACAGUGAGGUUCCUCUACCGGCAGGUGAUCACAUGAGCGAUGACGACAACGAUACUACUCCUGAAGAGUCCUACCGUACAGCACAGAAUCAUGUUGGCCGCGAAACACCCGCUGCAACUAUGGAGACCACCUCAGACGGCGCUGAUGACGAGAGGGACGACCAUGACGACGAGGAUUCAGAUAUUCCGUAUCGUAAGCGGGCGAAGCGCGAUAAAGUAGAAUCUCAAGAUAGCUUGAGGAGUAUUGUAGCUGUGGAGAUCCCUCCCCGACGAGCGCCAACAUCACAUGUAACACCCAAGCCGCAGGGCAGGAAGCUGUCAGACAUCAGCGAGGCAUCGGGUCUCGCUACCACAAACGCCGCACAGCGGACGCCUUUAUCAACCGCAUCCAACAAAGCACUCAACGCAUCUCCUGUCGCAGGGCGUUACAGUGGCUCAGCUCCCAGGGUGGUGUUUAGCGGCAGCAGCAGUGUUCCAAAGAGCGUUGAAUUAAAGAAGUUCUUCAAAGCACACGGCGGCUCCCUUGUCGACGCAGUCACUGAGACAGGCUGUAAUUUCUUUUGUGUUGGCAACGGCAAGUUGGCUAAGACAGGAAAGCUCUUGCUCAGCAUCGCCUUCGGCAAGCAGAUAGUUACCGAUGCUUGGUUCACCGAAAGCUUGGAAGCCGGACACUUGCUGGAUCCGCAACUGUUCCUUCCAGCUGAUCCCGAGCGUGAGAAAGAGUGGGGCUUUCGCAUGAGCGACACUGUGGGGAUAGACCGGCGUGAUCUAUUCGCUGGGAAGAGGCUCUACGUCACGCCAUCUCUGAAGAAAGAUUACGGCAGUGGCUACAAAGAGAUUGAAGAGGUAGCAAGAGUGGCUGGGGCGGAUCGGAUUGUAUCGAUGCCGGCGAGGGAUCUCAAGCGCAGCGAUAAGACGAUCGUUCUCGCGCUAGAGAAUGGAGAUCUGGAUGGUGCGAAGUUGAAUGAGGACGGUCACAGAUGCUAUCACAAGGACUUGCUUUCCGUCAGCAUCCUACGCGGCCGGCUCGAUUUGGACAGCGACGAGUUCUUGAUCAAUCCUUCUAGCAGCCAGCCUAAGAAGACGCCGAAACGGAAGAGAAGCACUUAA